UUCUUUGUGAAAUGUUCAUGGAUUUUUCAACGAACAGAGAACAUAGGAUCAACGGACCCCAAUCUGUUUGAAGGAGACAUGAUUCUAACUCCCGAACAAAAGGCCGCUGUCAUGGCGGGCCAGGAUGUGGACGCGCCUGUGACAAGAGGGUCAAUCAAUGGAGGAACUUGGAAAGGCGGAGUUAUGUAUUACAAAAUAGACAGGGGCCUUAGUAAGUCUAGAAUCUUGCUGAAUAUCGGGCUAAAUGUCUAUCGCUCUCAUAGAGACGAUUUUAAUACUUUUGCCAGACAUGUUUUGCUCGUCCGCUCGGCGCUAAGAAUGUGUAAACAUGCCUAUUUGUUUUCCGUUUCUAUUUGCCCUUGCUAUCAAGGUGAAUUUUUAAAUUCACGAUGAAUUUUUAAAAGCCCGAUGACAGACAACCACCACGCUGAGAAAGCUGACUAAAUAUGACGUCUCGCCUACAUGCAAACAUCCAUACGUCGAUAGAAUGAUAUAACAUCGUGCAGUCGCUCAGCGAAAACACUGACUUUUGAAAUGUUAUAGAACUAAGGACGACGACGAAGAAGAAAGGAAUUUUGAUAUGCACGGUUUUUCAGUCAUUAAUACACACAUUGUAGCACGGGGACAAGGAAGAUCAAAAAACUGUCUUAACCCUCCCUAACACUGAUCCACAUGCAAAUUCGUCCGAUCUUUUCCCAUUCAUUUCCUUAUCGAACUGGUUGGGAGAAUUAAAUAAGAGAUCAAUUAAUCGUUUUCCCUUUGGUGAUCAUUUAUUAGUUCUCCUAACCGAUUCUCUUGAUGAUGUAUUGAUAUCGUUGAGAGAAAAGUGAUGUCUGUCACUGCUGGGAAUUGAAGAGUUUUUAUACCCAUACCCCUCGAGUCAUACCACUUUUAAUUAUUCACGUAUUCAGUCACAAAAUACGGAAGAUGCCUAUACCGAGCCAGGACUUCGAGCCGGGACUCGAUUUAGGACUCGACAAUUUUUCGCUUUCCCGCCUUUUUCACCUCCUGCAAGUCACUUGACCAUUAAGAGGAGCGUUAGGGUGAGGGUUAGGGUAAGGUUAGAGGGUUAGAGUUAGGGUUAGGGUUAGGUUAAGGAUAUAUAUAUAGGGAUAGGAAGUUAGGAGUCCUUUUUGUUGCUUUUAUUUUACUCUUGUUUAUUUUUUUAAGUAUUUAUCUUACUUAUCUAUUUUUCUGCUUACAGAAAGAUUAGAAAAGUCCUAACUGGAGUCGAGUCCACGGUCAAUGUCCUUGCUCGAGCCUCGUGGCUCGAGCCCUGGCUCGAAUCCUGGCCUUGAUGUUAGUUUAUCUCCAAAAUACGUCUUAAAAUUUAAUUAAAAAGGAAUACAAAACCUGUUACGGCAUCAAAAGUGCAGAGAUUCAUUUCAUUGUUUUCUUCUAGCACAUUGAUAUAUUGAUGAAAUUCAAGUUUAAGUUCUCUAAAAUGUACCUGUUGCAGGAAGCAACAAUCGAGCUAUGAACGCUAUCAGAGCUGGAAUGAAAAUGUGGAGAGACACCACGUGCGUCCGAUUCGAAGAGGCUAACAGGGAGCGAAGAAGUUAUGCCAACUUUCAAAAUGGAGGAGGGUGAGUGAUACUAAAAUGGCCGGAAACGGAAAAAGAAAACCUUGAGUGAAAGCUAGCAAAUGAAAUACCUUUUUAGAUAACGUACAGUAAAUCUUCUAUUCCUCCCUCCCCGAGGGGCUUAUUUAUUUCAAACACGUUUGAGGGGAGGCUAAUAGAGACGGGGAGCUUAUUAGAGAUGGGGGGUGGGGGGCUUAUUUAAUUUAGCAAAGAUGGUGAUAUCAGCUCUGCAUAAAUAACUAGAAUGCAAAGUGGAAAAGCUCAGUACAGGAGGUUGGAGGUCAUGCAACCGAGGUUCAAAAACAAUCCUGAAUCCUGAAUACACCGAAUCCUGAUCAGUUCAAAUGACGUUAUAUAUAGUCUAGCAUUUAUUAAUGAAGAAUAAUAAGAGGAGGAGAAAAGGUGGCUUAUUAACUUUCUUCCCCCGAAAAAGGGGGACUUAUUUGAGAGAGGCGGCUUAAUAGAGGAUAUACGGUACUUAAAUUAACUUACGUCUUGGAAAACCUGACGAGGAAUCGGAUUGAGAAAUUAACCAGCUGAAAAAAUCCGGACAUCAGAGAACAAAUAAUCAUUGGUGAUUGGCUGUGAAGUUGAACUUUAACAUACUAGUAACAAAACAGAAGAUAAACUUUUUCAUUAGGACUAGCAAUAAAAUUUUUCCCUUUUUUUAAAAAAAAAAUCAAAGAUGCGGUAAUUUUACAUUAUGCAUCAACAGUUGCUCCUCAUAUGUUCGUCAAACGGGCCGACCUCAGCCUAUCACUUUGGCAAGUGGCUGUUGGACUCCGGGAAUAGUAGCUCAUGAAAUUGGUACGAAAGGUGUAAAUCCUGGCAGUUCUUUAAUUUAAUCUUUUAUGGUAUAAUAUAAUGCAAACAUUCACAUUUUAAUAGCUGUUAUGCUGGUUUACGUCAGACCCUCAAAUUUUACUAAGCCCGCUCCAAAGAAGCCAAUAAGAAAUCUAAGAGUGUAAACAUUGCUUUUCCUCUUCUCCUCGCUCUCGCUAUGUUUCCUCUUCUAAUUUUCCUCCGUUAGUGUGAUUUUCAGUUAAAAUUAUCACAAAUUUUGGUUUAGUUAUGAUGGCGUAUUUUUGAAACUGAAUGAAAUAUUUUGAUGGGGAGAAAACAACUGAAAAUUGACAAACUUAAAACUCAUUCUUUUUGUGUGAGACCAAACACUAAUUAAAAAUAAAUGAAGAAAGUUUGAGUGAAAUGUCUGUAUUUAAAAUAAUUAUUGAUGAUAAAUCAUAGUCAUUUACAAUUUUGUAGAAUAAGCUGAAGAUACAGUUAAUAAGAUUAUAUAUAGAACUAAUCAAAACAAAUCAAAACUAUGACAAAAUCUCAAAUCUGAUUGGCUAUCAACUGCCGUGAUUUCAGCCUUAAUAGGACAGUUCAAUAGGACAGUACGCGUCAUGCCUGUUUGGACUCCACUCAGCCCUGUUUCCAUUACAUAUCUACUCAUCAUGAGAUCACAAUAUUUAAAGUAUGCUGUUUAUUCUUGUUCGACUUUCAUUUAACAGGUCACGCGCUCGGUUUUUAUCACGAACAGUCCCGUCCAGACAGAGACAACUACGUCACCAUUUAUCGUCAAAAUAUCGUGUCAGGUAUGAAAUGAUUAACUUCUGUUACAUCGAUGACAUUGGCCUGUUGUCUUGAAUUGAAUGAAGUCUAUUUUGUCUAACUCCAUGCAACAGGAUGUGUCAAGUUAUAUUAUACUAAUUGGUGAACGUUUUUAUCCAUGACAUUGAGACACUAUGCUAAAUAACUUCAUCAUCUUGUUGUCCUUUCCGAACUGAUCGAAGAACAUUUCUUCGUGUUUAAUUUUAUUCGUUGGGUGAAACCAGUGGGAUGUGAAGAUAUUAACGUUAAGGACAUUAAAGUACGCAGGGUCUCUCUCCAGUUGGGUAUACUUCGUCCCUACUAUACUACUAUGAUUCUAGAUGGCAAGUAACAUAAAAAAAACUAGAGACGAAUUGCUUGUUUAAAAUGCUAUUGAUUGUGGUAUUCUAUGGUCUGUCUUCGAAGUUGGCUUCUCUUUCUUUACUAAUGGCAAUGCGAUUAAAAAAAGAAUCACCAAACCAUGAAAUAAUUAAUUGAAAUAUCGUCAGCACUCCUUUUUCGUACGUAAGCCCCUGCACAUGCCUUUAGAAAGGAUGACAAGCAUGCUGUACGGCCGGGUGCGUAGGCGUCUUUGUUAUUUUCAGUUACACAAUGACGAUAUAUUAGCUUUUCUCCAGUUGAUACUGCUAUGAAUGACUCUGAGUGUUUCUUUACAAAGGUGAUUCGGUUCCUUUUCCAGUUGACCAGUUUCGGGAACAAUAAUGGAUGGAACGUAAGGUCUUAAAAUCACUUGUUUUGGCCUUUUUUCGUAAUAAAAUGUUGAAAUGUAGUACAAAUUAACAAUUAAAGAUUAUAAUCUAGCAUUCCAGUAGUCCAAAAACAAAAACGUUGAUGAGAAUUGUCACAAACUUCCGCGUAUUGUUAUCAUUCUUUCAUAAGAACAAUCAAGCGUCCCCUUAUAAUAAGUACACUCACUUCUUCACUCUCAACUUUUAAAAGCCUACUGUGUUUUAUUACAGGUAUGGAGUUCAACUUUAACAAAUACGACCGUUCAAAAACUGAUUCCCUUGAAACACCAUACGAUUAUGGCAGUGUGAUGCACUACGACUCAAAAGCCUUUAGCAGAAAUGGCCGCCCUACAAUUGUUGCUAGGGAACCGGGGGUAGGUUUUGUAUUAACCUUAAUAAUAGAGCCGCUUUAGCAUAUUUUCAAGGGGUUUGUAAGUGAGGGCUUUCAUGUUAGCCAUCAAUUUAGAUUGGAACAAUUUGCCCAAAAGACAUCGAGUACCCAUAUUUGUCUCCCAGGCGCGCCACUGAACUAUAUUUGGACACUUGUGGUAAAACCUUUUUGCUUGCAGUCGUUUCUGACUCGUCUUAUAUGUGGUACUCAAGAAGUUCGAUCGAUUAGAAAGGGCUUUGUAAUUCGCAUCCGUAGGUAAUCAGGUUCUUAAUGUAAUAAAUCAAAUAUGAGACAGUGUUUCAUAAUAAGACCAAGCAUUGAGAAGAGAUCGUGCUGAAGAUUUGACGCGCAGCGGUGCACUUUGGUCUACUUUUGACGAACUUCGAGGUGUGUGUAGCCUGUGCCACAUAAUAUUUUGUCUGCGACGCAGGCCAAGGUGUGUGAUAUUGUGAUGAAGUACUACUUGGAAUGUUUCAUAUCGAUUCUGAUUUUAAAGGGCGCAAUUGAAGACUGAUGCAAAAAUGAGGACUUUUGCAACUGAUUUCGAAAAGCUCAUUAAUCAUUAAUUUUUUUUGUAUUUUCUUUAUACAUAAUUCAGAUGUGUUUAAAUGGCAACGUUGGCUUUGACUUCGCUGUUUUUUUUUUAAACAGAAGAAGAAUUAUGGGCCUCCAUGCAAUCCAAUCGUUUUGUUACAGUUUUGUUUGCUGUCGGCCUUGUAGUGGCUUUAACGUCUCCACGAUCAAGAGAACAGCUUUAUGUAGCUAGAAGGGUGUAGAGCACAGCUUGAAUAAGGAAGGAAGCUGUUACAUCUAUUGUAACGGAAUAAACAAUACAUACAACACUCUACUUUGUUCGCCAGGUCCAGCUGGGCAACCGACAUCGUCUUAGCAAAAUUGACAUACAGCAAAUGAACUUGUUGUACAAGUGUUCUGGGGUUGGUGGUGGUGGUGGACCUCAGCCACCCCAGUCGCCUCCCCCUCCGACUCCUCCUUCCGAGUGCCGAGACACUGGAAGGUACUGUUCCUAUCAUGUCCCGAGGGGAGACUGUAAGAGGAUGCAGAUCGUGCGGCGGAAAUGCAAGAAGAGCUGUGGUCUGUGCUAA